AAAAUUGACAUACAAAGAAUCUUCCUUAAACUGUUGCGUGAAGGAGCCAAAUCAAUAAGACAGUUUGCUACUUCCUGGUGUUCUGAACAAUGCAUGUCUACUGAAUCACAAGGUGGUAAAAUGCUGGUUCAAAAGUUACUUCAGCGUGUGUCAAUGCUUGCAUGUCCAAAAUGUCACAGCAGAAAUAUGACUAUCAGGCAGGUAUUAAGAUACUGUACCUCAUCACCAAGUAAUGCUCCCAUCUACAAGUUAAAGUCAAGGGGCAUUGUGAGAGUGAAAGGUCCAGAUACACUGUCGUUUCUACAAGGUCUGGUUACAAGUGAUGUGGAGUCACUAGGUUCUGUGAUGGGAGUUCAGUAUUCUAUGUUGUUAAAUGUACAGGGUCGAGUGCUGUAUGACCUGUUGCUGUAUGAUGUAGCACAGAUUUUCGGAGAGAAGGCGGUGUUUGUUGAAUGUGAUAGAAACAUGGCUCAGCAGCUUAUUACAGAUAUCAAAAAGUAUAAGAUCAGGAAAAAGGUCUCCCUGGAGGACGUUAGUGACAGUCACAGUGUAUAUGCUACUGUAUCUGAUAAAGGUGGACAUCUUAUUGAGCUGGCCUCUGCCACAGUAGAAACACAAGAUCCCAGAGUGCCAGAUUUCGGACUUAGAAUAAUAAGUGAUAAAGAACUUGCUGGAGUUGUAGAAGAUGAAUCUGGGUACCAUGAAAGUAGAUUGCAGUGGGGAAUUCCUGAGGGUCCACAAGAUCUUCCACCAGGCAACUGUUUUCCAUUGGAGAGUAAUCUUGUCUUUAUGAAUGGAGUGAGUUUUAGUAAAGGGUGUUAUCUUGGUCAGGAGCUAACUGCAAGAACACACCAUACAGGGGUUACCAGGAAACACGUGAUGCCACUGAUAUUUGAAAAGCCACCAGGUGAUAUUGAAUCAGGAGAAAGUAUAAGAAACGAAAAAAAUAAAAAUGUUGGAAAGUUUCGAAGCAGCUGCAGAGCAUUUGGUCUUGGCCUUAUGAGAACUAAUGAGGUUGCAGGUGAACUUUAUGUCACUAGUAAGACAGGAGAUACUGUGAAAUUGAAAACUGUGAUACCUAACUGGUGGCCUGAAUCAUCUUGACAGGUUGUUCUUCACAGAUGUGUGAAUUUGAGCUGUAGUUAAAAACACUAACAUGCUUUAAAGUGUUUUCACACAAGUGUGUAAAAUGUAUGCUGUUUGGAUAUUCAGAAAAGUGCAUAUCCACUAAUGGAGUGAAAAUAUUCAGUACAUCUUGUACUUACAGUUAAUGUAGAGGAACAAUAAAAGAAGUGAAUACUGCC